AUGGUUUCAGUGACGCCGGACUGCAGGAAGGUGGGGACGGGAUUGGCGCCGUCGCCGGCACCGUUCUUCACGCCGCGGCCGGAAAGGCGGAGGCCGGACUCGAGAGGACAUGAUUGGAACUCGAAUCGUCAGGACAGGGAGAAGGAGGUCAACAUUCAGGUUCUGCUCCGAUGCAGGCCAUUGACUGACGACGAGCAAAGGUCGAACGUGCCCAAGGUAAUAACUUGUAACGAUAGCAGAAGAGAGGUUACGGUUCUGCAAAAUGUGGCCGGCAAGCAAGUCGAUAGGGUCUUCACCUUCGAUAAGGUAUUUGGGCCGAAAGCGCAACAACGAUCAAUAUACGAUCAAGCAAUUUCGCCUAUCGUGUGUGAGGUAUUGGAGGGCUUCAACUGCACCGUGUUCGCAUAUGGCCAGACUGGAACUGGUAAAACCUACACAAUGGAAGGGGGGAUGAGAAAAAAGAGUGGUGAAUUGCCUAUUGCGGCUGGUAUAAUUCCAAGGGCCGUCCGCCAAAUAUUCGACACUCUAGAGGAACAGAAUGCCGACUACAGCAUGAAAGUGACCUUUUCGGAACUCUAUAACGAGGAAAUAACCGACCUGCUUGCUCAGGAAGAUCAGCCUAAACCCACAGAGGACAGACCUAAGAAGCCCAUCUCUCUAAUGGAGGAUGGAAAAGGUUGUGUGAUUGUGAGGGGCCUUGAAGAGGAAGCUGUUUACAGUGCAAAUGAAAUUUACAGCCUUCUGGAGAGAGGUGCCGCCAGGAGACGCACAGCAGACACAUUGUUGAAUAAGAGAAGCAGUCGUUCGCAUUCAAUAUUUACGAUAACUGUAUAUAUAAAAGAAGGGAGCAUCGGGGAUGAGGAGCUCAUCAAGUGCGGCAAGCUUAAUCUUGUCGAUUUAGCGGGGUCAGAGAAUAUCUACCGUUCUGGUGCUCGAGAGGCUCGAGCAAGAGAAGCAGGAGAAAUCAAUAAGAGUUUACUAACCUUAGGUCGUGUUAUUAAUGCAUUGGUGGAGCAUUCAGUUCAUAUACCUUACAGAGAUAGCAAGCUCACAAGGCUCCUGAGAGAUUCAUUAGGAGGGAAAACAAAGACUUGCAUUAUUGCUACAAUAUCUCCCUCUGCUCAUUGUUUGGAAGAAACAUUGAGCACGCUGGACUACGCAUAUCGUGCUAAAAGCAUAAAAAACAAACCUGAGGCAAACCAAAAGGUUUCCAAAGCUGUGUUGCUGAAGGAUUUAUACGUGGAAAUCGAGAGGAUGAAGCAAGAUAUUCGAGCAGCAAGGGAAAAGAAUGGUAUCUAUAUUCCACAUGAAAGAUUUCUGCAGGAUGAAGCGGAAAAGAAGGCAAAGAAUGAGAGGAUAGAACAACUAGAGAGUGAUCUUACUGCCACUGAGAAGCAACUCGAUAACUUUCGGGAGCUUUAUCUUAGUGAACAAGAAGAGAAACUUAAUGUCGAGAGUGAUCUUAAAGAAUGCAAGCAAACUUUAGAAACAACACACAAAAACUUGGAAGAUCUACAAGAGAAUCAUAAAAGAACUCUUUCAGUACUGAAGGAAAAGGAGUUGCUCAUUUCUAAACUUCAGCAUUCAGAGAGUAAUCUAAUAGAUUGUGCAAAGACGUUGAGGCUCAACUUGCACGAUGCAACCGAGGACAUAUCCGCACUUUUUGGGAAAAUAGAUCAUAAAGACAAAGUAGAAAGAAAAAACCAUGGUAUUCUUCAUAAAUUUGGAGCACAACUUGAUCAAAGCUUGAACAACCUUCAUAAGAUCGUCUUAAGCUCUGUAUCUCAGCAAGAACAACAGCUUAGAAAUGCUGAAAACUGCAUCAGCACAUUUUUUGCUAGUAAAUACGAAUCAAACGAAGCCAUGGAAGCAAAUGUAAAGAAAUUGUCAGCGACUUAUGCUUCGGGAUCGCAAAGCAUAAAGAAACUCACAGAUGCACUUCAAACGAAAACAUCUUCUGAUCUGGAGCAAAUGAUGGCUAUGAUAUCAGCCCAUGCAACUGCAGUUGAGAAUUUUUUCAAUAAUGCAUCUUUGGAGGCCAGGGAGGUCAUUUCUGAUAUUCGGAACUCUCUGAAUGAACAAAGGAAAAUUUUGUCCUUUGCUGCCCAACAACAAGCAGAGGGUGUACGUCAGAGUCUAGUCUCCGCACAAGUGAUUUCAAGUGCAGCUAUAGACUUCUCAAACGACCUCCAUUGGCGAGCUUCUGAACUCGGAAGGUUUAUUGAAAGUAGCCGAACCGAAAGCGUUAUCAAACUACAAAAUUUCGAAAAGAUGUUCAAGGAAGAGGCUCUGAGGGAAGAAAAACUAGCAAUGGAGAAAAUAUCGGAGGUCUUAUCAACUCUGACAGUUCGAAAGACUAAUAUGGUAUCUAACGCCUCAAAGAACCUUGAAGACUCUGCUUGUCAGGAAAGCAAGAGAUUGCUAGCAGAUUUGUCCGACAUGCGGCAAGUCUUGGCAUCAGAAAUGAAGGAGCUAAACGAAUAUGCCGAGAAGGUCAAAGAUCACUACAUGAAUGAAACACUUUCAGCCAAUGAAUGCAGGGUCAUGCUAGAAAAUUGCAUGCAAGAAUGGGGUGAGAAGGUGGAUAUGUCAGGUCAACAAUGGGAAACUGCACAAAUAAGCUUGAAAAAUAUUGCUAAGAAUGGUGUUGAUGACAUAAGAUCUGUUGUGCAGACUAAAAUUCUUGAAACUCAUUCCUUACAUGAGAACAUUGAGACCACAUUCGCUCGUCUGGGUGUAGAAUUUGAUUCCGGGGUUAACGAUUUAGUGACAUCAACCAAUGAUUCUUUAGCUUUAGACAAGGCAAAUUGCGAGGAAAUAAACUCGAUAACUACAGCCAGCUUGCACGAGCUCAAUGCAUUAUCAAUGAACCAUGGUGAAAAUGUAUCGGAUAUUCAUGGCAAAUCAGAUCAAUGCAUCAAUAAGGAUUACUUGGUUGAGCAGAAAACGAAUGUGACUCCCAAGAGACGAGCGGUUUCAGUCCCAAGCUUAGAGUCAAUUGAGAAAAUGAGAACUCUCGUUUAUGAUACCGACAGCAAAACCAAAGUUAAUAAGUUCGAAAAUGGUGAAAACAAGAUUUUGCAGGAUCAACCAAGAACUCCUUUUCAGGAUGUUAACUGA